UUUUGCUUUUUCUAUCCGUCGAUCUUGGCAUGGCAAUUCGGCAAUCUAUCGGCACCGGAAUUUUAUGGACACGCACUUUUACCUUGCUGUCAUCCAUUGGCAUUAUCAUUGCUUCGCUGAGUGUUUACAGCAUCAAUGCGAUACCUGUUGCUUCCAUUUUACGAGCGCAUAAUCAUGACCAUCUUGUCGUGAAGGAGAUGAUCCAGGAUAGACGAUUGAUCUGUACACUGGUCGCAGCCCAAGUAUCGGUCUUUUGUCCACUUUACAUGCUCGUUCAGCAACAUCCUCCUCGACGCACAAUUUUGGAUGUCAUUUGUCAGUUUUUCAUGCCAAUCGGGUUAGCGCUGAGCUGGAUUUUUUGCAUCUUAUUCGAUCGUAAAACCGCCCUUCAAGCAGCCAAAGGCACAUCCGCGGAUUGGUUCAGUUGGUUCACUGCCUACGACGUUUGCUUACAAGCCCAUGGCACCGCGUGCACGAUGAUGCAUCUGAUUUCCGGAUUCAAGCAUGCGAUAGCGGCCGUCCUGAUCGUGGAAGUGCUUCUGAUAUGGCUGGAAUUACUAGUGAACGUCGUCAAGCCUGCGAAAAUGCCAUUGGCAUGCAAAGAAGUCAACGACGAAGAAAAGCAGCGACAUGAUUUGGAAUAUAGUUCAUCUUGAGUGAAGUAGAGUUUAGAUUCUGUAAAUAAGGAAUUCGCAGUAACUGUGUUGCCAAUGGUUG